AUGUCGUCGCAGACCAUGACGGCGCCAGCAGUGGGCCAUCGGCCGCCAGAUCCAGGCCCCGAUACGCCCAUGUACGACUUUGGCGGCUCUCAACCCAGCAACGCCUCGACUCCGACCGAGCCUAGGAGCGACUCCGCAGUCCGCGACCUGCAUAAUUCUGCCCCAGUCUCUCAUACCCAAUCUCAAGUUGUCGCCGCCUCUCCAAUCGAUAUCAAGAAGGAACCUGUCGACGAUCAGGAUAUGGUCGGCUCGGAGGCACAAAACACCAUCAGCACACAAGCUGCGGCAGGGGCGCUGCUAGCGCAACUGCUCAAAAACCAGCCUGCGACCACGGGAUCUGACCCAGCGCCAUCGUCGAUUGAACCCUCAGUCGAGACCGGGGCGGCCGACUCGACGCAUCAAGAUCCAGAUGUACAAAUGGAUGAUCACAACGGUACACCGGAACAGAACCCGGACAUCACUGCGAACCCCCCACCCAACCCAAGUCUCUCGAACGACGGAGAACAGACCUCGGCUGCGCCAGAGUUGCCAAACGAAUUGAAUGGAAACAAAGCUUCCGAGGAUAUCUUUCCCCCCUUCGACACAACUUCGCAAGCAGACAAGUCCAUCGCCCACCCAGAUGUUGACGUGAUGCAUCUAUCGAACCCGCCUAUGGGCCAAACAACCGGUGUAGAGGAACCGCCGUCCCUACUUCCUCCUUUCGACUUCAAUGCGACUCCAAAGGAUCCCUUGGCGAACCUUCAACAGAACGAUAUGCUGUCAGCGGCCUACCUGUCACAAGGCCCAGAUCUGUCGGCCAUGGGAUACCAGGAUGGUUCGGACUCGGUAGCUGGUUCCGAGCCUCGGAUCAAGGCCUUUGCCAAGCUGGAGUUUGAUGACGGCCAUUUCUACUGCAACACCUAUUCUUUCAUUCUGGGCCGUGAUGUCCGCGCAGCCCGUGCUGCCCACCACCGAGAGUUCCAGUAUCGGCAGGCCGUGCGCCGAAGCUCUCGCGCAAAGAGCUCAAGUGGCGGCUACCACUCCCACACGCCGAAUCGGAUCAGACGGGAAGGAAGUGUCGUGAUACCGACGAGUGUGGUCAGCGACCGUGGAGGCAUCAUGGGCUUCGAUCCUGACGUACCUCCGAAUAUCUCAGGCAGAACUGUGCGUCGCGAGACCCAAAUCGAACUUCCAUCCAGGCGCACUUCCUUUUCCACCGCCACGGCCGCGCUGCACGCCAACCCUGCACAUUUGCAGACGUCGAUCAAUUACAAUUUGCUCGCCAUGCAGUCCCUAGAGAACCCAAGACCUGACCCUCGAUCCGUGGAUGCCUUGACGUUGCUUCCGUCUCCUUACGCCUGUCCCACGAUUCCGAUCCACCCUCCCGCGACGAUGGACGGGUUUGCAGCAGGCCACCGAGGUAUCUCCCGCCGCCACGUCCUCAUCACGUACAACUUCGACCGCAAUUUCUUCGAGAUGCAUAUCAUAGGCCGAAACGGAGCGUUCAUCGGGGCUGACUGGCUCUCUCCUGGCCAAGUCAGACCACUGCACAGCGGCGAUUACAUCCAGGUUGGCGGUGUUCGUAUCCGGUUUCUGCUGCCCGAUGUCGCUAUUGGGGAGACUGGUGCGGAUCGCAUUGAGGAGCCAGUCGUGGAAGAGGACGAGGCGGAUCGCGAAUCCGUUGACGCUGAACAUGAGAUUGAUGAUAUUGACCGGCCAAACAGCGACAGUGAGAGCAAAGAGCCACCCUCGAAGGUGACCAAGCUCAUCCUUAAAACAAAAGAGGCCGAAUCUCCCAAAGCGUUGCCCUCUGUUGAGACCGGCGGGGAAAGUGGCCAGCCACAGCGGCGGAGGGGUCCAGGACGACCCCCCAAAGAUGGCAUCAUGUCGAAGCGUGAGAGGGCAGAACUGGCUCGAGAGCAGAAGAUGGCCGCGAAGCGUGAGGCCAACGGUGGUAUCACUCCACCCCCACCGGCGAUGCCUAUGAAAACCAGCGGCAAGGGAGGAAAGACUAUCAAAGAGUCGGUCACAGCGGAGUCGCCGCCGUCUUCUGCCAAGCCAGCGGAGAAGCGCAAGUACACGAAGAGGAAGAAAGGUGAGGGGAUGGAUUUCCCACUGCCAUCCACGGAAGGAGGCCACUUCACGACCGAGCAACGGCCUGAGGAAUAUGUCAAGCCGCCUCCAGUCAAGAAGCGCAAACCGUCGCGUUCUCCAUCUCCCAAUUAUCCUCCGGAGUCUGCUUACAGCCCGGAGGACCUGGCUAAGCCGCCGUACAAUUAUGCAGUGCUCAUCUUUGAUGCUCUGACGGAAGCUGGCAACCCGAUGACGCUGAAACAGAUCUAUCGGGCGCUUAAGCUGAAGUAUCCUUACUUCCGCUUCAAGUGUGAAACAGAGGGUUGGACAUCAAGUGUGCGGCACAAUCUGAAUGGUAACAGUCAUUUGUUCAUGCACGCCGAGCGAGAUGGCAAGGGCUGGUCCUGGCAACUUCGACCCGGAGCAUCGGUCGAGAAGGAGAAAAAGAGACGUCCCUCGCCUCCUCCGCCGCAGCCACAAACAUCGGUGCCUCCACAGCAGCAGUACAUGCACCCAAUGGCCCAUCCUUAUGCUCCCCCUCCGUCGGGCACACCGGGUUCACUACAGAAUCAGCACCCUCAUUUGCAUUCUCAAUCUCUUGCACAACCCCACCCACAUCAGCAGCACCAAUUUCAGCAUCAACAUCAGCUGCAGCAAACGCAACCCCAAUCGCAGCCGCAAUCGCAGCCGCAAUCGCAGCCGCAAUCGCAAUUGCAAACUCAGCAGCAGCAGCCGCGACAGCAACAGCACUUCCAAUUCCCCUCUAUUCCUGCCUCUAGUUCAUUUUCUGCAUCUUCAGCGCCUCCCCAGCAACAGCAUUCUAGUCCCUACACCUCUACAACCGUGUCGUCCGCGCCUCCUCCUCCUCUUCCUCCUAGCCCACACCCACCCCAUCCUCAUCCCGCGCCUCCAGCUUCGGCUGCCGCUCCGCCUUCUGAUGCUUUGGCUACUGCUCCGGCUCCGACUGCGCCUUCUGUGCCCACUCCAACUCCUACGACCGCUCCGACUCCUACGACCGCCCCGGCCGUUCCUACUACUGCUCCUGCCGCUGUCACUCCGUCUGCUCCGGUACCUGCUCCUGGACCUGCUGUUCAGCCGGCAUCUGUGCCAGCAUCGGCAUCAACCUCAGCUCCAGUAGUGGCAUCCACGCCAACUGCGGCGCCGAUGUCAUCAUCAGCUCCACCCACCACCGCUGCUGUUCCUCCUCCUAUGCCUGCACCUGUGCCUGCGCCUGUGCCUGUGCCUGCUUCUUUUCCUAUUCCCAGUGCCCUUCGUGGCAAUCUUCCCGCUGCAUUUGCUCGGACUACUCCCCGGGCGUACACAUCCCCGUACGCCUCUAAUCCUGCUCCACAAGCUCCCCAGCAGCAACAACUGCCUCCGCAAUCAGCAUUCCCUCGAGCACCCUCACACUCAUCGCCAGGAAUGUCAGGACAGCAGCUUCCGCAGCAAUCACAGCCACAGCAGCAGCAACAACAGCAACAGUCGCAGCACCGUUCUCCAUACCCGCCCACCCCCAAAUCUCAACAUACGUCUCAACCGCCCCACAACUCGCAUCCUCAGGCAUAUCCUCCACCAAAUAUGCCUCAGUACCAGACUCCACAUCCACCGGGGCAGAUGCAGCAUCCGUCAAAUCGGCAGCAUCUGCAAAACUCCCACCCUCUAUCUCCAUCACACCAACAUGUUCCGGCACAGCAUCACCAGCCUCAUCAAACCCAUCACCACCACCCUCCUCCUCCCCCGCCGCCUGGACCUCUCAAUCAUCAUCACCAUCAGCCCCUUCCGCAGCACCAGCCUCAGCACCAUGCUGUUUCUGGCGGCCUGCCUCCACCAGCUCAGCCUGACUCGCCGUCAUUCACUGAGCGGGCGAAUAAAGCCAUUGAUGAUUUUGAGAAUGUUCUUAUGGAGGAUUAUGAGGACAAGAACUACAUCCGUGAGGUCCUUCGAAGUGCUCGUGCCCGUGUCCUGGGCAAUGCGACGGAGAGCUCUUUCCCUGGGGGUGAGCCCAAAGAUGAAGCUGUCAUCAUGAACGUGUUGCGCGACCUGGUGGGAAGUCUGAAGGAGCAAGGAAGAGACUGA